AUGAAGAGCCGCCAAGUCGCUCCCGAUCCCCAUCCGCCAGCGCAGAAUGGGGUGACCUCCGUCACCGCCGCCACGCGGAGCUUCGGCUGGGGCGACCACAGCGAUGCCAUGUCGGUGAUGACCCGGGAGACGCGCGCGAGCGCCGAGCGCCGCAGGCCUUGCAGUAUCGAGCUGACAGUGGUGCUGGUACUGGAGGUUGUCAUCAUCAUCGCCUCCGUGAUCAUUUUGGCCACGAUGGGAUCUGGAGAUGGAAUCACCUUCCGCACAGACAUCGGUGCUUUGAUCUGCGGCUUGAUCAUUCUACUGGGGAUGCUUAUGUUGGCCUUGUUGGAGAUCGUCACCAACGGAACCAAGGCCAAAGAGGUCCUUCUGGUCUAUUUGCAGAUCACGAUUCACUUCAAUGCGGCUGCAUUGGGUGCCCUCACCCUUUUGGGUCAUGCUACCUGGCUUCUUGCACAGUUGCUGCUGAUUCUCGCUGCCUUCGCUUGGGUCGUGGGCUGCUGCGGAGGAGCAGUCAGCCUGUGGCAUUGGCUCUACUAUCAGAAGGUGGUGCCCAAGCCGCGCAUGGGACAUUUGUUGACCCUGUUGAGAGCUUUGCAUUGGAAGACAGCGUUCUUCUGCUGGGCGGUGCUGGUGACGUUGACGGUGGUCGCUUUGGUCUUUCCCAAGCUGCCAGAGACGGUGGGUCUCUCCCAGGAGUUGAGCCUGGCGGAGCAUGUGCUGCUCAUGGGCACCGGUGGCCUCUGCUACUCGGCGCUCUUCUCGCCACUCUUCUUGGCGCUCUCGCGCCGGGCCCGGUGUACCAUGCGCCGCGUGGCCGCUCGGCGGAGCUGGUCGGCGGAAAGGGAUUUGCAGCUUGGCUGGAAGAAGGAAGUUCGGAAGUUCGUGAUAACUUUCGUCAAUACAGAUUACCACCAGGCUGAGGUGUAUUGUUGA